ACAAAGACAUUUCAUGGAGCAGGAAUUGUGGUUCCAGUGGAUAAAAAUAAUGUUGGAUAUAGAGAAUUGCCAGAAACUGAUGCAAGUCUGAAGAAGAUUUGCAAAGCGAUUGCAGAGGCCAGAGAUGAUGAGGAGAGAAUCAAAGCUUUUGCGCCCAUCCAGGAAAUGAUCACCUUUGUUCAGUUUGCCAAUGAUGAAUGUGACUACGGCAUGGGCUAUGAGCUUGGGAUAGAUCUGUUCUGUUACGGCUCGCAUUAUUUCUAUAAAGUGGUACGUCAGCUGCUUCCAAUGGCAUACAAUCUGCUGAAGAGAGGUCUGUUUGGAGAGAUACUGGAGGCGCACCUCACCAGCCGUUCCCAGGACAACCUUGACCAGCUCGCUGCUGUCUGACGUGUAUCGAGAGGAUAAGAUAUUCAGAAUGACUUCCUGUAAUGGUGCUGGGGUUGGGUCAGAGACAGAUUACAGUGCACUAAAUUACGCUGUUAGGUGCUGCUGCUUCAAUGAAAAUGCAACAAAGCCCAGGAAAGGUUAGUUUCUUAAACCUAGAUUGCUCUUACUUUUCUAAAAGAUGUAUUGGUAAUCCAAAAUGUAAACAUUUUGUUGUAGGUUUAAUUGGUAUAACAUAAUUAAAAUGAAUAGGCACUUUUUUUUUUUUUUUUUAGCUCACUGCUCAUUUGUGCUUUAAAAGAGAAAUCAAGUAAAAUGUUUCAACAUUUUGUGAGUAAUACUGUGCCUUUCCAAACCCAAAUUUCUUUGAUUCACACUGGCAUUCCAGUAACCAAUAGAUAGAGAAAUGACUUUUAGCUGCUGUAAGUUCAGUACGUUGAAUAAAUUAUUUCAGAUUUUGCCUUUUGCAUUUCCAUUAGCAUAUUUUGCAUGACCCAGUUGCUUGAAAGCUAUCCUUCAAUUUGCCAGUUUAUUUGAGCAGCGACUGCUGCGUGCCGAUCAACAUCUUGGUUAUGGUUUCAGAUCCAUGAGUUUAUUUUUGUGAAAGCAGAACACACUAUUCAUAGCAAAAGUGAGCUGAUUCUUGUUCAAAUGGUACCUUAAGUAAUCUGUACUGAGAAAUUAAGUUAAAAAAUGAGUUUUCAGUGUCAAUUUCUUACUGUCUCCAUCAUCUUUAUGAUCAUUCCGUUAUCGUUGUCAAGUAUUGUUCCAAAGUAGAUGUUUAAUAAAAUGUAUAUUUUUAAUGUU